CUUUAUAUAAAACCCAGAGAAACAGAGAGAAACUAUAACGCAUUACCCACAAAACUCGGUCAUGAAGUUUAUGAAACUCGGAUCUCGGCCCGACACUUUCUACACAGCCGAGUCCGUAAGGACUGUUUCUUCUGAAGUCCUUAGUGAUCUUACAAUCGAAGUUAAAGGAACUAAAUAUCUGCUUCACAAGUUUCCUCUGUUGUCCAAGUGUUUGAAGUUGCAGAGAUUAUGUUAUGAAACAACACAAGAAGUAAUCCAAUUAUCCGAUUUCCCCGGUGGGAUCGAGGCGUUCGAGCUUUGCGCUAAGUUCUGUUACGGCAUCACGAUCACUCUCAGCGCGUAUAACAUCGUGGCGGCGCAAUGCGCGGCCGAGUACUUGCAGAUGACGGAAGAUGUCGAGAAGGGGAACUUAAUGUACAAGCUCCAAGUGUUCUUUAAUUCUUACAUCUUACAAGGGUGGAGAGAUUGUGUAGUGACGUUACAAAGCACCAAAGCGUUUCCUUUAUGGUGUGAAGACCUUGGAAUUACUAGCAGAUGCGUCGAAUCGGUUGCGUGGAAAGUUUCAACCAACCCUUCGAAGGCAAGCUUGUCGCAUAGUCAUUCGAGAAGGGUUAGCGAUAUGUCUUGUAACGGAACCGAGAGCUGGCGGCAUAAACCGGUGACCAAAUGUUGGUGGGCAGAGGACAUGGCUGAGUUGGGGAUAGAUCUUUAUUGGAGAACCAUGAUUGCUAUUAAAUCCGGUGGGAAAAUACCCUCUAAUCUCAUAGGGGAGGCAUUGCAAAUGUAUGCAUCUCGAUGGCUGCCGAAUAUAUCUAAAAAAGUGAAGGCCAACCGAGGAGGAACAUCGGAUUCGGAUUCGGAUGAUGACGUUUCUUCGAAGCACAGGCUGCUGUUGGAAACGAUUGCAAGUUUACUCCCAUCAGAGAAAGGCGCUGUCUCUUGCAGUUUUCUACUUAAGCUCUUGAAAGCUGCUAACGUUCUUAAUGUUUCAUUGUCUUCGAAGAUGGAAUUGGCUAGAAGAGUGGCACUUCAGUUAGAGGAAGCACGAGUCACUGAUCUGUUAAUACCCUCUCUAUCGGACUCGAGCGAUACAGGUUCCGGUUACGAUGUAGACAUUGUCCUCACCAUUUUGGAACAAUUCAUGUUACAAGGACAGAGUCCUCCCACUAGUCCUCCUAGAUUGAAGCUCGGAUCCGAAAGGAGAAGAAGGUCCCGUUCGGCCGAGAAUAUCGACUUUGAGUUUCAAGAAAGUAGGAGGUCUUCUUCAGCAUCACACAGUUCCAAACUGAAAGUAGCCAAAAUCAUCGAUGGGUAUCUUCAAGAGAUUGCUCGACAUAGUAACUUACCACUAUCGAAAUUCAUCGCAAUCGCCGAGACAAUCCCCUAUUUCUCACGGCUCGAUCACGAUGAUCUUUACCGAGCUAUUGACAUUUAUCUCAAGGCACACCCGGGUUUAAACAAGAGCGAAAGGAAAAGGUUGUGCCGCAUACUCGACUGCAAAAAACUCUCCGUCGAGGCCUGCAUGCACGCUGCACAAAAUGAAAAACUCCCUCUAAGAGUAGUGAUUCAAGUUCUCUUCUUCGAGCAAACUCGAGCCGCCAUGGCCGGGGGAAAAGUAGCCGAUCUCCCUAGCAACCUCAACGCACUUUUAGCUGCCCAUAACAUUGAUCCAUCAAGGCCUCAAGGAACAUUAAGCACUAGUACCAGCAUUCGAUCCUACGAUCAAUGGAGCAUUUCGGGUCUUACGUCGCCCAAGUCGAGAACUUCGACACUAAGGAUGAAGCUUGCCGAAGACGACCAUUUGGACGAAUUCGAUGUGAAUACGGAUGGAAUGGGAAGACAUUCCAAGUUCAAGGCCUUCUGUGCUUUACCUACGGGGCCUAAAAAAAUGUUCAGUAAGUUGUUGUCCAUCAAUAGAAGUGGCAGUGAAAAGAACUGAGUGAAUUUUUGAGUAAAUGCCUUGUAAUUUUAGCUUAGAAUCAAAGAACAUGAAUGUAAAAUCCGAGACUUAAUUCAGUUGAUUGGUUUAAAUCGUAACUUCUCGUAUGUU